GAUUACACCUCAUUCCAUUGCACCGCAAUCACAUUUUCUCAGCUUUUCUCCCCUCAGCCGCGGCAAACAGCGCAAACACGAUAUGCCACCACCUCCUUAAUUGAUCGACGGUGAAACUCAUAAAACAAGUCAAGUCAAUUCGCACUAAAAACGUGCAUCGACCACUUUUCGCACGUCCUUUUUUCUCUCUUCUUUCGUCAAAGCUCCGCCAACACCACUCCAUUACGUAGCCGCCAAACCGCGUCGCAAACAUCGUCAUCGCAGGUCGCCAUGUCGGAUAAGUGGGUAGAUUGGAACAAGACCACCCGGUCCAAGAACUAUCGCGGGUCCGGGUCGUUUGCGACUUUUAUGAUUAUAGGGCCAACAUGCUUCUUCCUCGGCAUCCUCUUCGCCAUGUUCCCGUACGACUUCCCGCUGCUAUGGACCAAAGACCCCAUCUCGGCCGCGUACCUAGACCAGCUCGAAAUCCACCUCAAGUUCAUGCACCAGUCCCCCCCGCUGAUCGCGCGCAUCCUAAGCAUCAUGGUCGGCGUCGGCUUCCUCGGCUUCUUCAUCAAGCUGUUCCGCGCCUCCGAGUCCAACAUGCUGUUCGACGGCGCCUCCCUCGUCCUCUACCUCAUCGGCGUCGGCGUCUACGUCGCUAACAUCGUCAAGGGCCUGCGCCUCGUCAGCGCCGGCGCCUGGGAGUCCGACGACUUCGACCCGACUACCGUUGGCGUCGGCCGUCCUGGCGCGGGGGCCGGCGACCCGUUGACCGGUGGGGAGAUUAUCCUCGGGCGCGAGGAUAGUCUGAAGGUCCUGGCUGCUAGCAAUACGAUUCUGGCGCUGGUGCUUGUUGGUGUGCUGGUCCUCCAGGCGGGUCAAUGGUACGCCGAGCGCAAGGACGACGAGGAAUACGAGAAGUACGAGAGUAUGGAGAAGACUAGCAACGGCGGGCGUCCGUCGAGUCCGACGGCUGAGAAGAGCAACAAGAAGAAGCAAUGAGGAGCUCUUGUUCGUUUCCCUAAAAGUUUUCAUAUUCUUACC